CACCACCAAUAUCCAAAGCAACCCAUAUGAACAAACACCUAGUUUUAGGUGCCACAGACUGAACAACCAACACUGCACAAAUGGCAGUAACAGCUCAGUCUCUUUCCUAUGCCAAGCUUCCAAAGCCUUCAAUAAACUUUUCUUCACCUGCAUCACUUCCAUUCUUUCAUUCUAAAGCUUCUUAUGUUGGUUUCAGUUCAGUCACCUUGCAGUCCUCUAAGAGCUUUCUCACACAGUUAAAAGGUGUUGGAAUCAAAACAAGACAACUGAGGAAUGUUGGAGCCAUAAAUGCUUCUGAGGCUGAGAGCCCUCCAACAGAUGUGGCAGAAAGAUGGCUUCUUGAACCUGUUGGUGAUGGAGAUUCAAGACACAUAGGUUCGAAGGUCAAAAUGCCAGAUGCAUUUGAAAUUGUUUCUAAUGAGGUCACAGUUGGCCGAGUUCCUGAGAAAGCCAAUAUCGUGAUUCCUAUUGCGACAGCAGUAUCUGGUCUUCAUGCCCGCAUUCAGAAGAAAGAUGGAAAUCUCUUGGUCACAGAUUUGGAUAGCACCAAUGGUACAUUCAUUGAUGACAAGCGGCUGAGACCUGGAGUUCCUGCCACUGUAUUACCUGGAAAUUAUAUUAUAUUCGGGGAUAUUCAUUUGGCAAUGUUUCGUGCUACCAAGCUUGAAAAUGUGGAAGCUGCAACCAAAGCAGAAGAAUCUGAAGAUAAAGUAGAGACUGAUAGCCCAACUGGGAAUAGUGAAACAAGUUGAAAUAGAGGAUAUGAAUCAUAUGAUUGUAAAAUAAAGAGUUAAUGAAUGAAUAAAUUCAAUUUCUUCUUGGAAAUUUGUUCUUCAA